AUGAGUAAUUUUGAAUCUCAAAAUGCAAUUGAAGAAAUGAGAAACACCAUAGGAAAAUAAGAAAAUUUAUAGAAUAUUUAUAAGGAAGUAGUUAGUCCUUCUGAAUAUUCUAAUUAAAGGUUGCUUUAUAAUGCAAUUACUAUAGUUAUUUUUCGCCUAGUCAUAGUUAAAUGGUAGUUGAUAGAGAUAAAGUAUUGAUCAAUAAAUAUAGUAAUCUACUUACAACUCAACCUAUGGGGUAAUUUAUUAUUUGAACAUAGAAUGACUUAAGUAUGGAAAAGUAAUGGUUUAAUAAUAAUCACAAUAAUUAUACGAUUUUUAUAUACGUUAAAGUUAUAGACAGAAUCUAUGAAAUACAAACUUUUAAAUAAGAGAAUAUUUGCUAUGAUUUAGGAUUUAUCUUCAGAUUACUUAAACAUAGUACGUUAUCGCAAUAAUAAAUAUUAAAUUAAAGGAAGGUCAGAAUUAAGAGUUCAUUAUUCCCUCUUUAAAAAGUAAUUUAGAGCUUUACUUGAUUAUUAUGGAAGAUUUGUACCAAUCUUCUAACCUGAUCAAAAAUUAAUUAUAUAUUAUGAACUUUGUCUCAUAGUAUCUAUAAUGGCGAAUUUAUUUUACGUUCCUAUAAACAUUAGUUUUCUAAAUUAAGGAGUAUCAAUUCCAUUUGACACUAUACCUACAAUCUUAUAAUUGAUAUGGAUAUUUAUUUCAUUCAAUCUAUCAUUUUAUGAAGACUAAACAUUAUAGAAAAAUAGAAUAAAUAUAGCUAGUAAUUAUUUAAAGAGUCAAUUUACCUUAGAUUUCAUAAUUGUUUUUACUCUUUAUUUUUAAAUAUUAUAUGGUUAUUUUAUCCCUUUAAUCUCUUUUGUAUUAAGAAUUCCUAAAUUAAUAAGAUUAUUGGAUCAAUUUGAAUAUAAUACUAAUUUUAAAGAGAAUUUAGCAGCCAUAAUUGAUUUAAUGAAAUUAAUAGUAAUGCUUAUAUUUAUAAUUCAUUGUUGUGCAUGUAGUUGGCAUUUCUUGGGAGUAUAUGAAAAAGAAUAUUAUAUUAUUGGAAAGAAUUGGUUAGACUAUUACGAUAUUAGUCAUUAGAGUUGGAUUGAACAGUAAAAUAAUAAAAUUUAAUUAGAGAUACAUUGCAUCUUUAUAUUUUAGUGUCAUUACCACUCUGACUGUUGGAUAUGGUGACAUCACUCCUUAAUCAACUUAUGAAUAAUUAUUUGUUAUUUUUGUAGCUAUGAGUCUAUGUGGAAUGUUGGGAUACACUAUAACUAAUAUUGGAGAAAUAUAUAGAUCCAUGAAUGAAAAGAAGAGAUAAUAUAAGACUUAAAUGAAAGCUAUUGAAUAAAUUAUUAGAUAAAGAAAUCUUAAUGAUAAACUAUCAAUCAAAGUGAGAAAAUAUUAUUAACAUUUAUUUCAAUAAGAAUAGUAAGAGAAUUCUUAAGGAGAAUUAUUACUUACUAAAUUAACUCGUAAUUUAGAAGAAGAAGUCAUGAUUGAUACUUAUAAAACUACUUUAUUAAAUUCAUAUUUAUUAAGAUAAUUUAAAGAAUCUACUAUUGAAUAAUUGUGUACAAAAGUUAGAGUUUAAAAAUUAUAACCUGGUGUUGAACUUAUUAAAGCAUAAUAAUUUGCUGAUCAAUUAAUAUUUCUAUUAAGUGGUGAAUUAACAUUAUUAGGACAUAAUUCAAGAUAACCUAUCAUACUUAAAUAACUUACUUAAGGUACUGUAAUUGGAGAAUAAGAAUUUACUGAAUAAGGAUUCUAUGAUUAUAUUGUACUAAGUUAAGGAUAUAGUAAGAUAGCUACUAUUUCUAGAAAUGCAUUCUAUGAAAUUUUAUAAUAUGAUAGAUAAGAAUUUGAAAAGAUGUGUAAAAUUAGAGAUUAAUAUAAAUUUAGUGUUAAGAAAAGAAAUGUUAUUGGAAGAACUUGUGAAAUCUGUGGAUGGACACAUGGAUAUAUGUAAUGUCCUAUGACAUUUUAUUAAGUGGAUAAAAUGAAAUUACUAACUAAAUAUAGAUAGAAUAAUGAAUAAGAAAGAAAAUAUCUUAAUGAUUUUAGGAGAAUUCAUAAAUAUAAUACCUUAUCUUAAUUACAAACUGCAUAAAAUGCUUGUCUGGAUUUCAUGAUUAGCUAGAAAAUACUAGAUGAAAUGUAUCAAAUUUUAUUAAGCUUUUCUAUAGACCAAAUUAAGAAUUAAAUGAUGAUAGUAACUACAAGUUGAAAUUGAAUAUUCAUGAUGCUGAUUCCUAACAUUUAGACUCUAGUAAAUCUCUAUAAGAUGAUACCAAAGGAAAUUAAGCUAAUAUCUAAAAAUCACCUAUUAAAAAUACUACUACUAAGUUUCAGUUCUUCUCUAAAUAAAUUGAUUAACAACGAGAUCAACUCUAACAUCCCUUAUUUCAAAGAAAAAAUAUCAAAAAGCAUUCCCUUAUCAUUGAUAAUCCUAAUAAUACUAAGAAAGAAGAUGACUUAAAGAAUUACAUAGAAGAACUUAUUUAAAAAUUAAGUGUAAAUUAAAAAGAAAAAGAAAGGGAAAAAUCAGUUAUCUCAACCCAAAAUAAAAUUCUAACCUAUAAUCCAGAUUUAGAGUUUGAGGUAAUGUAAUCUUAUAAAUAUUAUUUUCCUCAUUUUAACAUUGACAAUAUUAUUGAUAGAGUUAAUGUAACUUAUGAAAAAUUCAUGUAACAAAACAAAAAAAAUCCAAUAAGAAUUUUUGUUAAUCGAAGAAAAUUAAAGAGGAGAAUAAUAAUUAAAGAAUGA